UAAUAGACCCCCUGUUUUGAGCUCCGUCCAUAUAUUCUUAGGUCUAUGAUGGUUCCAAUUUACUAUAUAUUUAACUACGAGAAACAUAGCCUUUAAUAUAAAUAAAAACAAUCACUUAGUUAUAUUUUAUAAUACAAAUCAUUUAUAAUAAUAGGAUUCUUGCAUUAUUAAAUUAAUAAUCGUUACUUGUCUAUUACGGUAUCAUCAUGUUCAAUUAAUUUAAUCAUAGCUGUCAGACUGAUAGAUUUGUUAUUAUGUUUGAUAUUUGUCAUCCAAGUUAUUAUUACAUUAGUCAACUAGGUUGCACCGACCAUCGAAAAGUUACUCUUGCUUUUCACGUGUAUAUUGAGUUAUGUGAAAUAAAGCGAUACUGGGAUGUAUCAUAUAAAUACAAUGAAGACUUAGAUUUGUUGUACUUGGAAGCCAGAUCUAGUAAAUCUUCACAAUUAGAAGUAUACGUACCAUGGUCUACUUUGACCACCGUUACGUUACAUCAAAUUGACAAUAUUCAACGAGCCUUGGAAGUAAAUAGGUUUUCUUUCGUAUUUAAGGAUGGUGACAGUGGUAGCGUUUAUUACACGGUCAGUGCAGGUCUUGUAAAACCUGCAUCUCCUGAAACAUGUAAAAAGUUAAAACAAAAAGAAGACAAAAAAGCAGAACUAGAAAAACAAAUUCGUAGAAACUCGUCACACUUGUAUGAAAUGGCAAUGUCUCUUUCCGAAGACAAGACAAAAAUAGACGUUCCCAGAAAUGUGGAUUUUAAAACUGAAGAAGGAACGUUAACGAUAACUGAAAAAAAAUCUGAACCUACAACCUCCGAAAUACGGGCUGAGACUGUAACUGAAAUAAAAACUGAGACCAUAACGACUGCCAAAGAACCGUUAUGCUUAUAAAGUAAUUAAAAAAAGAAAUGAUUGGUACUUACAUAAUAAAUUAUUAAAAUAAAACCAGUUUUUCUCGUAUAUCUUUCCUUGUAUGAGUGAGAUCUAGUAUAAUUAGGAAUUUGAAUUGAGAAUAAUUGUUUAACGGCUAAAGUGGUAACAGGAAGCAACAAUGAAUGGAUCGACACAUUUCAGUUUUUAUGCAUUUAUUGUUUCAAAUAAUUUUCCUUAAGUAUAUAAAGAUUCUUAAAUUUGGAUGUUAUUAUUAAGAACUACGUAAUUAAUAGGGGUAUUAUUGUAGUAAGCUGCCACUGCAAUUACACGUAUGAAAUAAAUUAAUACUUAAAAGUCAUCACUUCGGCUCAUCCUGGUUAUGUGUGUUAUUCGGCAUUAGCUAUGGAGUAUGAGGCACGUACAGUUUCCGUGAAGUAGUUACUGAUAAAUGUGGUGAACGCACGACUCAACACGCCCUAACGUUUAAGCCUAGUUAGCGGUAUAUGUAUAAUUAGGUAUAUAUAUAAAAAUCGAGUAACGAAAUUUAAACCUAUUUAAAAUGCCUACCUUUAAAAUUAAACAUUAUUUGACUAUCUACAGUGAAGAGUUUAGUUCGACAUAUCUUUUCGCAUUAUGUACAAAUUUCAUUACUGGAUGUACAAAGUAAUUUGGCAACAAAUUGCUCAUCCCGUCUGCAGCGCAUUUCUUACGAAAAUUUCAAUGAAAAUUCUUCGAAACAAUAUCGAUCGAUCUUGAGUUUCUCAUACACUCUAUAACAAAGACGAAAUUUAAUUCCGUGAAAGCUCUGCCAAAGACACAGAAAUUGGGCUCAAAUUUCUAGCUCUCUGUACAUUUCAUAAAUUAAUGUUGUUGCACUUCUUCGCAAUCGUUCUUGUACUUUUUUGUACAUUUGUUUCAUGUUUUCACUGGAAUUGUUUGGUCGACUUCAUUAAAGAACGUCUAACAAGGAAGAUAUCCCAAGUGGAUCUUUCCGAUUUGAUUUCUUUUAUAAUAUGUUAUAGUAGACUAAAAACUAAGCGACACGUAUUUUUUUUUAUCUGCCAUUAAACACUUUAAGGGGGUGAACCCCCCAUCCAAAGU